UUAUCCCAGUCUACACACAGGAGCACUUUGGAUUCUGCAUACUCGAUUGUUUUUGGACAAACAUGAGUUUUGUGAGAUCAGUUGUUGCUGAAAGCAGCUGGUUCUGCUCGAACACCUGCUUCCACUCUGGACACCAGCAAAUCUCCAACCCUAUAAUUCCCUAUGUUGGGCCCAUAAUAACUGGUGGAUUAAAACCAGGAACGGCUCUUUAUGUCCAAGGGACGGUUCCUGAUAAUGCCAACCAGUUUUCAAUAAAUUUCCAAACAGGUCAGAACAAAUACGAUGACAUCGCUUUUCACUUCAACCCCUGGAUUGGUCAAUUUAUAUAUUUAAACAGCUUCCAAAAUGGAAACUGGGAGGUGAAGGAAUGUGUUCCUGACGAGUCCUUCACCAGCGGAGCAGCCUUCAAUAUGUUCAUUGUCAUCAAGGCAGAUGGUUAUGAGGUUUAUGUGAAUGACUUGAGAUGCUACAUGUUCCAGCACCGGAUUCCUUUAGAGAAAGUUACUACACUUGGCAUCUGUGGAGACGUUAAUAUUGAUUUCUUUGGAUUGUGUGAAAACUGGAGAAGACCAUGUGUUACGGAACAAGCAAUCACAAGCACUGUGAGCUCAUUCGCUAACAUGUUACCGACCCCUGCAGGAGUGUUACAUCGAGUCAUUCAGCCUGUACUUCCACAUGUGGGUGAAAUCAAGGAGAGGUUAAAACCAGAGAUGGCUUUAUUUUUCCAAGGAGCUCUCCCGGCACACCCCAAAGAGUUUGAGAUAAAUCUCCAAACGGGGCAGUCUGAUAACGAAGACAUUGCUUUCCACUUCAACCCUUGCAUUGGGAGACACGUCUCUCUGAACAGCUUUAGAAAUGGACAGUGGGAGACAGAGGAGUGUGUCUCUGAUGAACUCUUCACCAAGGGAGCGGCCUUCUAUAUGUUUGUUGUCAUCACUUCAGUGGGAUAUGAGGUUUAUGUGAAUGGCUUGCAGCUCUGUAUGUUUAACCACCGCGUUCCUCUGGAGAAUGUUUCAGCAGUUAGCAUUUACGGAGACGUUGCCAUACCCAUCUACGGUUUCAUUGAUAACUGGAGCAAAUCCUUCAACUUUAAGGACCUUUUAAGAAUCACGGGCAUGGGAAGCCCAUUCUCAAGUGUGUUCCCCAUCCUGGCAGAGGUUUUACAUCCAGUCAUCUGUCCUGCGCUUCCGUAUGUGGGUACAAUCAGAGGAGGGAUACGACCAGAUAUGGCUGUAUUCUUUCAGGGCACUCUUCCUGCACAUGCUAAAAAGUUUGUAAUUAAUUUCCAAACGGGCCAGUCUGACACUGAUGACAUCGCGUUCCACUUUAACCCCCGCAUCGGGCAGCAUGUCUAUCUGAACAGCUUCAGAAAUGGACAGUGGGAGACGGAGGAAACAGCACCAGAUAAACCCUUUACCAAAGGAGCUGCUUUCAAUAUGUUAGUCAUCAUCAAUUCCACUGACUAUGAGGUUCAUGUGAAUGGCUUGCAACUCUGUACAUUUAAGCACCGCAUGGCUUUAGAGAACAUUUCUGGACUUGCCAUCUGUGGAGAUAUUUCAAUCUUUUUCUAUGGUUUCAUCGAUAACUGGAGCAAAAUGGAUCGAUCCAAUGUCACACGAUGUACAAGCUCAUUCUUAAAACAGUUAUCUGUCCUGUCAGAGGUCUCGCAUCCAGUCAUCCAGCCUGCACUACCCUAUAUAGGUAGCAUUAAAAAUGAGAUAAGACCGGAUAUGGCUCUGCUGUUCCAUGGUGCAGUGUCUGAUCAUGGCAAAAGCUUUGAGAUAAAUCUUCUAACAGGUGACUCUGAUUCCGAUGACGUUGCUUUUCACAUCAGUCCUCAAACUGGUAAAUCUGUGACCCUGAACAGCUUCAUAAACGGCAGCUGGGAGACCGAGGAAUAUGCAUCGAGCAAUCCCUUCACCAAGGGCGCGCCCUUUCAUCUGUUCUUGGUUAUUCAGUCAGAGGGCUAUCAGGUCUGUGUGAACAGCGUGCAGCUCUGUACAUUCAAACACCGAAUUCCUUUGGAGAAGGUUUCUGCACUGAGCAUUCGUGGAGAUAUUACCAUAAACUACUUUGGUUUUGUUGAAAGUUGGAGCUCAUCCUCCGUGGCUAGGAAAAUUAAUGAAACUGCAGCUCAGUCAAGCAUUUCUGGCCUGACACACAUCCCAUCAGAGAUCUCUCAUCCAGUCAUCAACCCUGAACUUCCAUAUGUGGGUGCAUUCCAAGAAGGUUUAAGGACAGAUACGGCUGUGUUUCUUCAAGGGGUUCUUCCUGCAGAUGCCAACAAGUUUACAAUAAAUCUCCUGACGGGUGAGUCUGAAGGUGAUGACAUUGCUUUCCACAUCAGCCCCCGGAUUGGUGAUAUAGUCGCCCUAAACAGCUUUAGAAAUGGGAGUUGGGAGACUGAGGAACAAGUCCCUGUCACAGCCUUUACAAAGGAAGCAGCCUUAAGUAUGUUCAUUGUCAUCAACUCAGAGGGAUAUGAGGUCUAUGUGAACGACUCGCGACUCUGUACAUUUAAACACCGCAUUCCUUUAGUGAAUGUUUCUGCACUUGGUAUUUUUGGAGAUGUUAUCAUCAACUACUUUGGACUUGUUGAAAACUGGAGUGAUUCCUCCAUGGUUGUAAAAACGGAUGAAACUAAAGACAUGUUGGUGACAGAUGUCCCAUCAGAGAUUUCACAUCCAAUCAGCAGCCCUGAACUUUUGCAUGUAGAUGCGAUCCUAGAAGGAGAAAAGACAGACGAGACUGUAACAGUCCAAAUGGCCCUUCAUGCAGAUACUAACACGACAGUGAACUUUAAAACUAUUCACAAUCAAAGUGAAAAUUGCAGUGAAUCCUCCUUGGUUACGAAAAUGAAUGAAAUCCAAGACAUUGUAGACCUGACAGACGUCCCAUUAGAGAUUUCACAUCCAGACAGCAGCACUAAACUUUUGCAAGUAGAUGCGAUCACAGAAGGAUCAAAGACAGACGAGACUGUAACCGUACAAAUGGCCCUUCAUGCGGAUACUAACUCGGCAGUGAACUUCAAAACUAUUCAUAUUGAAAGUGAAAUCUGCAGUGAAUCCUCCAUGGUUACGCACAUUAAUGAAGUCCAAGACAUGUCACUGACUGUUGGAAGCCUGAUAGACGUCCCACCAGAGAUUUCACAUCCAGUCAGCAGCCCUAAACUUCCAUAUGCAGGCGAGAUUCCAGGAGGAUUAAGGACAGAUAUGGCAGUAGUCUUUCAAGGAACUCUUCCAGCGGAUGCCAAAGAGUUUACAAUAAAUCUCCUGACGGGUGAUUCUGAAGGUGAUGACAUUGCUUUCCACAUCAGCCCCCGGAUUGGUGAUAUAGUCGCCCUAAACAGCUUUAGAAAUGGGAGUUGGGAGACUGAGGAACAAGUCUCUGUCACAGCCUUUACUAAGGAAGCAGCCUUGAGUAUGUUCAUUGUCAUCAACUUAGAGGGAUAUGAGGUCUAUGUGAACAACUCGCGACUCUGUACAUUUAAACACCGCAUUCCUUUAAUGAAUGUUUCUGCACUUGGUGUUUUUGGAGAUGUUAUCAUCAACUACUUUGGACUUGUUGAAAACUGGAGUGAUUCCUCCAUGGUUGUGAAAAUAGAUGAAACUCAAGACAUGUUGGUGACAGACGUCCCAUCAGAGAUUUCACAUCGAAUCAGCAGCCCUGAACUUUUGCAUGUAGAUGCGAUCUUAGAAGGCCCAAAGACAAACGAGACUAUACCCGUCCAAAUGGCCCUUCAUGCAGAUACUAACACGGCAGUGAACUUCAAAACUAUUCACAUUGAAAGUGAAGUCUGCAGUGAAUCCUCCAUGGUUACGAACAUUAAUGAAGUCCAAGACAUGUCACUGACUGUUGGGAGCCUGAUUGACGUCCCAUUAGAGAUUUCACAUCCAGUCAACAGCCCUGAACUUCCAUAUGUAGGUGAGAUCCCAGGAGGACUAAAGACAGAUAUGGCAGUAGUGUUUCACGCUGUUCUUCCAGCAGAUGCCAAAGAGUUUACAAUAAAUCUCCUGACGGGUGAGUCUGAAGGUGAUGACAUCGCUUUCCACAUCAGCCCCCGGAUUGGUAAUAUAGUCGCCCUAAACAGCUUUAGAAAUGGGAGUUGGGAGACUGAGGAACAAGUCCCUGUCACAGCCUUUACAAAGGAAGCAGCCUUAAGUAUGUUCAUUGUCAUCAACUCAGAGGGAUAUGAGGUCUAUGUGAAUGACUCGCGACUCUGUACAUUUAAACACCGCAUUCCUUUAGUGAAUGUUUCUGCACUUGGUAUUUUUGGAGAUGUUAUCAUCAACUACUUUGGACUUGUUGAAAACUGGAGUGAUUCCUCCAUGGUUGUAAAAACGGAUGAAACUAAAGACAUGUUGGUGACAGACGUCCCAUCAGAGAUUUCACAUCCAAUCAGCAGCCCUGAACUUUUGCAUGUAGAUGCGAUCCUAGAAGAAGAAAAGACAGACGAGACUGUAACUGUCCAAAUGGCCCUUCAUGCAGAUACUAACUCGGCAGUGAACUUCAAAACUAUUCAUACUGAAAGUGAAGAACUUUUUCAAGUAGAUGCAAUUGUAGAAGGACCAAAGACAGACGAGACUGUAAACGUCCAAAUGGCCCUUCAUGCAGAUACUAACACGGCAGUGAACUUCAAAACUAUUCACAUUGAAAGUGAAAUCUGCAGUGAAUUCUCCUUGGUUAUGAAAAUGAAUGAAAUCCAAGAUAUUGUAGACCUGACAGACGUCCCAUCAGAGAUUCCACAUCCAGACAGCAGCCCUGAACUUUUGCAUAUAGAUGCGAUCGUAGAAGGACCAAAGACAGACGAGACUGUAACCGUUCAAAUGGCCCUUCAUGCAGAUUCUAACAAGGCAUUGAACUUUAAAACUGUUCACACUGAAAGUGAAAUCUGCAGUGAAUCCUUCAUGGUUACAAACAUUAAUGAAGUCCAAGACAUGUCACUGACUGUUGGGAGCCUGAUUGACGUCCCAUUAGAGAUUUCACAUUCAGUCAGCAGCCCUGAACUUCCAUAUGUAGGUGAGAUUCCAGGAGGAUUAAAGACAGAUAUGGCAGUAGUGUUUCACGGGGCUCUUCCGGCAGAUGCCAAAGAGUUUACAAUAAAUCUCCUGACGGGUGAGUCUGAAGGUGAUGACAUCGCUUUCCACAUCAGCCCCCGGAUUGGUGAUAUAGUCGCCCUAAACAGCUUUAGAAAUGGGAGUUGGGAGACUGAGGAACAAGUCUCUGUCACGGCCUUUACAAAGGAAGCAGCCUUGAGUAUGUUCAUUGUCAUCAACUCAGAGGGAUAUGAGGUCUAUGUGAAUGACUCGCGACUCUGUACAUUUAAACACCGCAUUCCUUUAGUGAAUGUUUCUGCACUUGGUAUUUUUGGAGAUGUUAUCAUCAACUACUUUGGACUUGUUGAAAACUGGAGCAGAUCUUCCUUGGCGUUGGAAAACAAUGAAAUUAAAGAAAUGACGAGCACUUCACUGACGCUGGUGACAUCAGAGGAACUUGUGCUUCCAUUCGUGGGGUCCAUCCCGGGUGGGAUCAGAGCAGAUAUGGCUGUACUGUUUUAUGGAACAAUUUUUGCAGAUUCUAAUGAGUUUGAAAUCAAUUUCCAAACACCCCAGUCCUCUGAUGAUAUCGCUUUUAGCAUCAAUCCCCAAAUCGUCCGUUUCCUGGUGCUGAGCAGCCUCAGAAAAGGCAGCUGGGACAGUAAAGAUUUUGCUUCUGACAAAGAAGCAGCCUUCAAUAUGGUUAUUGUCAUCAAAUUAGAGGGGUAUGAGGUCUAUGUGAAUGGCCUGCAAUAUUGUACAUUCAAGCACCACGCUCCUUUAGAGACCAUUACCUCACUUGGCAUACGUGGAGACGUGUUCAUCAAUUUUAUUGGUUUUAUUGCUAACUGGAGUAACUCUUCCACGGUUAUGGAAAAUAUUAAAAUCACAGGCAUGGAAAGAUCAUGCUGGAGACCAUUAGCAGUCCCAUCCGAGCUUUCACACCCUGUCAGCAACCCUGUCCUUCCUUACGUAGGAGCGAUCCCAGGAAAGACCAGCCCAGACAUGGCUGUCUUGUUCCAAGGUGCUCUUCCUGCAGAUGCCAAUGAUUUCACAAUAAAUUUUAAAGCUGGCGAGUCUGAUGGUGAUGACAUAGCUUUUCACAUUCGCCCCCAGCUUGGCCAUCAUGUGGCAUUAAACAGCUUCAGAAAUGGAAGUUGGGAGAGUGAGGAAUCUGUCUCUGUCAAACCCUUUACCAGGGGAGCGUCCUUUAACAUGUUCGUUGUCAUUAAAUCAGACUGCUUUGAGAUCUACGUGAACGGCUUGGAGCUUUGCACAUUCAAACAUCGCGUUCCUAUAGAAAACAUUUCUACACUUGCUAUUUGUGGAGAUGUUUCCAUCAAUUUCAUUGGUUUUAUUGAGACUUGGAGCACAUUUUCCUUCAUCAUCGAAAACAAUGAACUCACAGGCAUGCGGAGCUCAUCCCAGAGAUGUUCAUCCCAUCAAAUGAUCAUACCAUCAUCUGAAGAUUUUUAAUUCAAAAAUUGUCAUGGACGUUUUCUUGUUUUUCUGGUUUGUAUUUUGCAGUAGUCCUUUGCAUGAUCAUUAUAUGGACAAGCAUGUUUACUUUUUUUUUUAUUCCACCUUUAAAUUGUUAUUAGUAUUAGAAUUCGAGUUGUUUUUUUUCAUAAAACAAUUCAUUUAUAUAUUAGAAAUAGAAGUAAAACUUUACAUUAUAUUUCCCUUAUAUAACAUUAUUUACUGCACUCAUUAUCAUUAUCAAACCAUAAAUGUGUUAACAUUAAAUUAACAUGUGUUAGUAAACCAUAUUAUUAAAGUAAUAAAGGGAACAUUUACUGUACCUGCAUUACUUUGUGUUUCUCCUACUGAUGACUAAAAUAAGUCUGCAUAAAUUAGCAACAGUUAAAUUACAUAGCAUAUGUUGAGAAUUAAUUUAACC